CCCUCGUCUACCCUCCUGCCUCCUUCUCGUGCAGUUGAGCCCCUACGGCUUUGAGGCGCAGCCUCCUCGGAAUUCUCAUCAUGGUGUUCACCGAUAGCGAAGACGAUGACUUGGAUGGACCACGCAUCAAGCGAGAGAUUAUCACUCCUCCCAAAGCGCACGCUGGACAUACCGACAAGCAUCGCCCAUACGUAUACGAAAUCAAUUUUGCACCAGCCACUGAAGCCGAGAACUCAGAUGCGGUCAAAAUCGCGAAGAAGCCCACACCGAAGAGAAGACGCAGCCCCACCACGACUAGUUUCUCCCGAGUGCAGUUGGACUCGGACGAUGAGUUGAACUACAUGCAGUCGGAGGACGAACGAUUCAACAACAGAGAGAAGGAUGCCAAAAAGAGGGCACUCAAGUCUGCGCGGAAGGCGCGUGCCAUUGCAAAAGAGAAUAACCCACCUCCGCGGUCUAGAGCAGCUGGAGCCACAACCGGUGUAGGGCUUCAAGGGCCGAAGAAGAAACGUAGGAAGCUGAAGGACUAUGGCGAGUCGGAUUCAGACGACAACCUCAUGGAAUGGACUAUGCCAGACUACGUCCGAAGUCGAAGGGCCGAGUUCGAUAAACGCACUGAACAACUGAAAGAGGGCGGUCUCUGGUUGCCACCAACAUACAAUGAUGUAUACUUUUCCGACGAUGAGCGAUUGCAGCAUUUAUCAGAGCGGCCAGACUUCCCACGAUCGACAGCUGUCCAAGAAUACAAGGACAUUGAGUUGCCCUACUCCCUCGGCCUUAUACCGGCGCCCAUUGCUCAAUUCUUGCGAGAUUACCAGAUUAAGGGCGUGGCUUUCUUGCACGAGCUGUUCGUCUACCAGAAAGGCGGGAUCCUGGGCGAUGACAUGGGCUUGGGGAAAACGGUGCAGGUCAUUGCGUUCUUGACGGCUGCUUAUGGCAAGACAGGUGAUGAACGAGACAAGAAGAGGAUGAGAAAGAUGCGUCGAGCCGGCAAGGAGUAUCCCAGAACAUUAAUCAUCUGCCCAGGCACUCUAAUGGAGAAUUGGAAAGACGAAUUCCGCCGCUGGGGAUGGUGGCAAGUUGAUACCUAUCACGGAGGCGCUGGUCGUCGCGAUGAGGUCUUUCUGGAGGCCCAGGCUGGUAUGCUGGAGGUCAUGAUCACCACAUAUCACACCUAUCGUGCUCACAAGAGCGAGAUAAAUAUGAUCAAGUGGGAUUGCGUUGUGGCCGAUGAAUGUCAUCAGAUCAAAGAGCACCGAUCAGAUACCACAAAAGCUAUGACUGACGUCAAUGCUCUUUGUCGUAUUGGUUUGACCGGAACUGCAAUCCAGAAUAAGUACGAAGAACUUUGGACCCUCCUCAAUUGGACCAAUCCCGGACGCCUCGGUCCAAUGUCGACCUGGAAGACAUCGAUAUGCGAACCGUUGAAGUUAGGUCAAAGCCACGAUGCUUCGAACUACCAGCUUGCUCGGGCGAGGAAGACUGCAAAAAUGCUGGCUAACAACCUUCUACCUCAAUUCUUCCUACGCCGUACUAAAGCGCUCAUCAAAGAUCAACUUCCGAAGAAAUCAGACCGGGUGGUCUUUUGCCCCCUUACUCCCACACAGGCAAGAGCGUAUCAAAACUUCUUGGAAAGCGACAUUGUGCAAGCCAUCAAGAACAGCUCCGAGCUCUGUGACUGUGGUAGCAGGAAGAAAGCAGGCUGGUGCUGCCAUAUGAAGUUGGAGGAUGAGAGCACAUGGCAGACAUGGGUGUUUCCUGCCAUUCAAAAUCUUCAGAAGAUCUCGAAUCACCUUGCCGUACUCAUCCCACAAGGGUCGGACUCGAACGAAAAACAAGCAAAAGAUCUCGACAUGUUACAAAUCGCUAUGCCUGACGAAUGGGAGGAGAUUUAUCGUACUCGAGACAGCAUUCUUCAUAUGGGAAACCCUGAGUAUUGCGGGAAAUGGCGGGUGUUGAAGAAGCUCCUGAACUUUUGGCACGACCAGGGUGACAACAAAGUGCUUAUAUUCUCGCACAGUGUGAGGUUGUUGCGGAUGCUUCAGACCCUUUUUAUCAGCACCAAGUUCAAUGUCAGUUACCUUGAUGGCAGCAUGCAGUACGAGGACCGCUAUCAAGCUGUCAGAGAUUUCAACACGGAUCCAUCUCAGUUUGUAUUCCUGAUCAGCACGAGGGCUGGCGGCGUUGGACUCAACAUCACUUCCGCAAAUAAAGUCGUCAUUGUUGACCCAAACUGGAAUCCCAGCUAUGAUCUGCAAGCACAAGAUCGAGCUUAUAGGAUUGGUCAGACAAGAGACGUUGAAGUGUUUCGGCUGGUCAGUCAGGGAACAAUGGAAGAAAUUGUGUACGCUCGACAGAUAUACAAGCAACAGCAAGCCAAUAUUGGCUACAACGCAACAUCAGAGCGUCGAUAUUUCCAAGGUGUUCAGGGGCGUACAGACCAGAAGGGCGAGAUAUUCGGACUACGGAAUCUAUUUGCCUACCAGAACGAGAACCAAGUCUUACGUGACAUUGUGAACAAGACGAAUGUCGCAGAGUCGAAGGCGGGCGUACGAGUUGCUGAUCUCGAAACCCAAGAACAGGAGCAGGAGUCUGCCGACGACGAGGCUGCCGUGAAAGACGAGGACGGCAAUCGCCAAUUCAUCAAGACUGAAGCAGCAGACGCCGCAAUGUCCCAAUUAGUGGCGGAGAUCAUUGGAGACCAGAAGCCACGCUCCCGUGGUAAAACCUCUUUCCGGCCGGAUGCAGCAGCACAGCAAAAGCAUGAUCCUGUCGAAGCCAUUCUGUCCUCUGUCGGCGUUUCGUACACUCAUGAAAACAGCGAAGUGAUCGGCACCUCCAAGGUAGAAGCCUACCUGUCUAACCGCGCCGAAAAGGCCGCGAGCAACAAGACGAAUUGGGAUACCCAAGAACAACUCUCCAAAGUCUUUCAAGAUGGAUCGCAGUCUCAGAUGAACCAAGACCGGGUGUAUUCAGACGGAGAAGGAGAUUCAAUCAUCACGCCUGAUGGUGAUAUCCGGUACCGAUACAAGCCUCCGCAAGUGGUGCAGAGACGCCAGUUCUGCAGCAUGGCACGCUGGGCAGGGUAUGGUGACGAUGUAGUGUCUUUUGCUCUGGUCGUGGAGAACUGGACGCAAGCUGAGCGGAGAGAGUGUCUGGAUCGGUUCUAUCAUGCCCGGCGUGAUGUACUUGCCGGUCUUGUCAAGGAGGAAGAGUUCUAUCAACACGACGUCAAGACAGCGAAGGACGGGUUGAAGACUGAGGACGACGUCAAAAACGAGGUCAAGCGUGAACCCGAGGUGAAGACCGAGGAGAGUAUGAAGCACGGCACGGAGGUCAAGAUUGAGCAUAUCGUGGAGCUCCGAAGCGACGACGAAGAUGAUGAGCUUUGAUAUCCAUGAUUUGAUGACUUAUGAAGUUAUGACUUGAUACCCCUGAAUGAGAAAGAAUUUGGUGGCAGGAGUACCCCAGGUAGUACUGUUUCAAGCAGGAAUGUCUUCAACCACAAGUGUGCCUGGGAGCAUUCUGUAGUAUCAACGUCGCGAGACAUUUGAUGCUAAAUCGGAACUUCCCCAUGUCAGUCCUGUAACAAUUCGUGCCAUUGCGAACCAAUCUCCAGCUCAGAUGUGUCAAAGAACUCCUUCUUUCCUACUCCACUCACUGCUGUAGCCCAAUGUCCUUAGCUGUCGGCUUGCAACGUAUGGGAGAGCCACGGCUCGAUGCCGGGAUUACCGUACAAAGCUGAGGACGCUAUGAUGGACGACGGUGCUGAUCCGGCAUAUCCCCUCCAUCGGACCUUG